UCUGGUUCUCGCUGCUGUGUCGUGGUUCGGUGUGGUUCGUUGCUGGGUUAUGGUCGUUUAUCGUAGCUCUACAAAGACCUUCUGCUGAAAGGGAAUUACGGUAAAUGAUUAUUUUUUUGCGGGAAUUGCGGUAAAUGAUUAAUUAGCCAAAGGUGGGAAGAAGCAGUACCAGCGAAUAUUGGCGUGGUGUGUGUCACGCAUGGUAGCACUCGCGAAAACCGUGGCUCUCACCCUUCCUCAAGCCGGCCUUUCCGCUUCCCUUGACUCCACCAGCGGCAGAAAGCCUUCGACGCUUCCCUGAACACCGGCGAGAUGCCCGGGAACUUCGUCUUCACGCAGGAUAACCCCGAAAACCUCAACUGUGCAGGGGAGCCCGAUAUCCUGGAACCUCACAUGCGCGACACAAUUAAGGAGAAUGACAUCCUUAUCUGGAUCUAUAACAUGAUCGACGAGGCAGCCAGAGUGGACUUCGAGUUCUUCCUGAAAGACGGAUGCAUUCUGUGCAAGUUGAUGAACCGGAUAAAGCCGGGCAGCAUUCCCGAGGACAGCAUCACGUGGGAGGGCGCUCGGAGCAAACAGCAGAACAUCAAAAACUUCCUCGAGAAAGCCGAGGCUUACGGCGUGGCCAAGGAGAAGCUGUUCCAUCCCGAGGACCUGCUUCACUUGCGCAAUGUUCCUCGAGUGACGAGGUGUAUUUACGCCCUGGCCAAAUUGGUGGCGCAGGACCCUAACAUGGGCGGUGACUGCCCCAAGCUGGGAGAUGAGCCGAGCUUCAUGAAGGAGCAGAAGAAGAAGAUCGACGUGCCCGGACACAGAGACACGAAGGACGUCUUGGCACAACUCACCUCCGAGAAGCCGAAGGAGGAGAAGAAGAUGACCAAGCACUCGCUGUAUAAGUGAGGGGAAGGGAGACGGGGCGGGAGAGGUGGAGGAUGGGAGAAGAAUUUAGGAGGUGAAGCGAGAGAGAGGUAAUGGGAGGAAAGGAAGGAAGGGAAGAGAGGAGGGAGAUGAGGAAAGGAAGAGGAGAACCAGGAGAUGGAAAAUGAGGUUAGAGUUAGCGAAAGCGAGAAGGAACGAAAAGAAGGUCGUCGUGGAAGAGAUAGAAAUCACAAAUGGCAGAUGAUUAAUCGACACACAACAAUGACAAAUGUAAGUGUGUAAGAAAGGAAAUUAAAAAUCGGUUUAUAAAUAUGACUGCAAGAAAUUUUGAGAUGAAUGAUUUCCAUUCUUAUGCUUAUUAAUGUAAGAAUAAGUAGAAAAUCUCAGAUUGUAAAAUACUAAAAAGAAAGAAAAAAAAUUGUCAAGGUUAAAUUUUAAACAGUCCUUUUAAACUUCAUACUAUGGUUGGAAUGGUUGAAAUUCUACUUGCACUGCCUGCUAUGAAUGAUUUUACAGGUUAUUAUAUAAGUGAAAAUCGUUGAUUUGAAUGCCAUUUAGUUGUAUGUAUAGUGCACUUCAUGCUUGUAUGUUGGUUGUAGAUGUAUAAUAUUUCAUCAAUAUUUCUUUUGUUCUUCACUAAACCACUAGCUUUUUAACACACGUGCUGCAUUUACCAUUUAUUCUUCAAGUCAUAGACGAUUUAAUUCUGUUUUUAUAGUAGUUUAAAUGGUGUUCUUACUUUCUUGUAUUUAGCUAUUACAAAUAUAUGUUGUUCUUGCAUUAACCAAUAGUGUGAUUAAUCGAGAUUCCUGUUCUGUUAUUAUUAUUAUCAUUAUUACUAUUAUUAUUAUCAUUAUUAUUAUCAUUAUUAUUAUCAUUAUUAUCAUUAUUAUUAUUAUUAUUAUUAUUAUCAUUAUUAUUAUUUUAUGCUUAUUUGUCACACGCUUACCAAACGCUUCACUCCAUUAUCAUCAGUGACUCAUUGUCGCUUCUGUCUUCGCUCAUUUCAUCUUUGUAAAUAAUGAUAGAUGUUUACAUAAAGAGUGACUCAGUAAUUUAUAUUUGAGUUUGAAGGUUGAUGUUUUAACACAAAGCAAUAUCGAAAUACAUUUCCAUUGUUUUUUUGUUUUAUUUUGUUUUCCUCCGUGAACUGUCUAGAACGUAUCCAACUUGUGGCGAACGAAGAGAAAUUUCUGUCAUUUUUUAGUAAAGAGAAGAAAAUAAGGCUUUGAGGAUAUUCGUUUUAAGAAAAUCCAAAUCAAUCUUGGGAAAAAAUAUUUCUAGUUUAUUUAUUUAGAUUUUGUGUCGGUUUCUCUAGCCUCUUAUUGAUAAUGUAUACAGUGUGAUACUUUUUUAUCAGAAAUGUCUAAUGUGGAGAACUAUAUGCAGAGCAACCGUCUAUACUAACGUCUCAUGUCUAUAAACAAAUGUAUAUAAAAUCAAAUAAACUAUUUAUGUGAAA